AUGCGGAGAGCUGCUGCUGCUGCUUCUUCUUCUUAUUGCAACAACAGAGGUAGAGGAGGAGGAGGAGGUAUGCCUCGUCUUCAUUCUAUUCUUGUUUUCUUCAACAAUAUCUUUGUAUAUUCCUUUCAUUAUUCUCAAGCUUCAGUGGCCAGCACUAUUAGAAACCCACCGAAGCUCACUAAUCUUGGGGUUGGGGAUGGCGUAAGUUUGUUCAAUGAGAUGCUUCAAAUGCGUCCUCUGCCUUGUGUUGUCGGUUUCAAUCAAAUCAUGGGUCACAUCGCAAAAUUGAAACAUUAUCAGGCGGUCAUUUCUCUGUAUACCCAAAUGGAUAGGCUAAGAGUUGUUCCCGAUGCUUACACUCUCAAUAUUAUCAUCAAUUGCUUUUGUCAUUUGAACCAAAUGGGAUUCAGUUUGUCUGUGUUGGGAAAAUUCUUCAAAUUUGGUAUUCAACCAAAUAUCACAACCCUCAACACUCUUAUCAAGGGCUUUUUCAUUGAAGGGAAAGUGUCUCAAGCAGCACUACUUUUCAGCGCAAUGGUGGAGCGAGGUUGUAAGCCGAAUGAUGUUACUUUCGGAACACUAAUAAAGGGCUAUUGCAUGAUGGGAAAUAAUACUGCAGCUAUUCAAUUGCUUAGGAAGAUGGAACAACAAUCUCGAGAUUGUAAGCCUAAUGUGGUUGUCUAUAAUAUCAUCAUUGACAGUCUCUGUAAGGACACACUAGUUCCUGAUGCAUUUAAGCUCUUUUCAGAAAUGAUUAGUAGGGGCAUAGCCCCUGACGUCAUUACUUAUACCUCUUUGAUUCAUGGAGUUUGCAAAUUAGGCCAGUGGAAAGAAGCUACGAGAUUGUUGAAUGAGAUGGUCAGUAAAGAUAUCUUCCCGAAUUUAGUAACCUUCAGUAUCCUGGUCGAUACACUUUGUAAGGAGGGGAUGGUUGUGGAAGCACAAAGUGUGCUUGAAUUGAUGAUUCAAAGAGGUAUCAAACCUGAUACAGUUACCUACAGUUCACUUAUGGAUGGCUACUGUCUGCGAGGAGAAAUGGAGAAAGCUAAAGAGGUUUUUGAUAUGAUGAAUAGCAAGGGCUCCGUUGUUAAUGCUUAUAGUUAUACCAUACUGAUAAAUGGAUAUUGUAGGUGUAAAAGGAUAAAUGAGGCCAUCAGGCUUUUUCACGAAAUGUCUGAUAGGGGACUGGUUCCAAAUACCGUCACAUAUACUGCUCUUAUGGAUGGUUUUUGCAAAGUGGGAAGAAUACUAGAUGCCCAGAGAUUGUUCAGUAAGUUGCAAGCUUGUGGCCAAGUUCUUGAUGUUCAAACUUAUGCCGUUCUACUGGAUGGCCUGUUUAAAAACCAACAACUUGCUAUGGCAAUGGAGUUGUUCGGGGAGUUGGAAUGCAUGAAGCUGGAUUUGAAUAUAGUAAUAUACAGUACUCUUAUUGAAGGUUUGUGUAUAGCUGGAAAAUUUGAAUCCGCAAAGGACCACUUUUACUGUUUAUCAUCAAAAGGACUUGAACCUGAUGCGAGGACGUACACUAUAAUGAUCAAGGGACUUUGUGAAGGAGGCUUAAUUAGUGAAGCAGAAAAGUUGCUUAGGGAAAUGGAACAGAAAAGCGUUGCUCCUGAUGAUUGCACAUAUAACACAAUUAUCCGAGGGUUUCUCAAUAAUGACGAGACAGUAAAGGCAGUGGGACUUGUUCACGAAAUGAUGGACAGGGGUUUCUCUGCAGAUGCAUGGACGAUGGAAUUAAUCAUUGGUUUAUUGUCUAAAGAUAAAGUAGAUCCUGCUUUGUUGUCAUUGAUAGAAAAGUAAGUAAUUAUGAGGUUAGUUUCCGUAUUUGAAGCUUAUCCUUUUCCUAUUACAGUGAAGCACUUCAACUGCUGGAAUCUUUGACAAUGUAGAUAACUUUAUUGUAUUUGUAGGAUAUCAAUCCCUCAUGUGAAACGACAAUGUCAGUUUGCAUGGAAAGGGAUAGGAUGAUUGAUGUUUGAGGGAUCUUGAGAUGGG